AUGAAGAAGAGCUGUUCGUCCCGGUCCCUGUGUGCUGAGCUGGCCCAGGGGUCACCGUCCUGCUGGGGGGAGCAGCAGGCUGGGAGCAGGCUGGGCCAGAGGCGGCGGCAGCAGUGGGCUGCCGGCGGCUCGGAAGAGUGCUCGGUAAUCUCGGCGGUGCCCCGGUCGCAGCGGUGCCCCAGGGCUGUCUGUGUGCUCGAUGAGACCGCCAAGCUGAAUAGCCCCGAGUGGGGAGCGCUGCAGUGCCUGGCCAGAGCCUGCAAGAGCCGGGAUACCGAGCUGCUCAACCUCCCUUUCGGCAAGUUGGACUUCGGGGAGACCCCAGUCCUUGACUCCUUUUACAAUGCAGACAUUGCUGUGGUGGACAUGAGUGAUGUGUUCCGGCAGCCAACUCUGUUUUACCAUCUAGGUAUACGAGAAAGCUUUGGCAUGACAAACAGUGUCAUUCUCUACCACAACACUGACCUGGAGACUGCUCAAUCACUCAAGGCUGCUAGCAGGAACUAUCAUUUCAUCCCCUAUGUGACGACCACCAACAACGAUUACCUGUGCUGUGAGAAUGAUUUUCAACGGAGAGUUUCUGAGUAUUUACAACCAAAUUGGGACAUCUUACUGGGACCUUUCUGCCAGCCAUUGGUGGAGAAAUUUAUCAGUCUCCUAAAAGAUAUUGAAGUUACCCCCUCAUGCACAUAUGUUAAGGAUACUCUGCUGAGCGACAUUCGAAAAUUGAGGGAGAGAUACCAAGGAGAAGAACUUGCCAAGCAACUCACUGGCAUUAAGCAGCGUAUAGAAAGCACUGAGGUUGUCACGCCUGACAUUAUCACAAACUUGCUUUUCUCAUACAGGGACAUCCAGGAUUAUGAUGGCAUGGUCAAGCUGGUAGAGACGCUGGAGAUGUUGCCGACCUGUGACCUGGCUAAUCAGCACAACAUCAAAUUUCACUAUGCAUUCGCACUGAACAGGAGGAAUUACCCAGGUGACAGAGAAAAAGCCUUGAAUGUAAUGCUUGAAAUCCUGAAUUCAUGUGAGCAGCCUGCCCCUGAUAUGUACUGCUUAUGUGGAAAAAUUUAUAAAGACCUCUUUCUUGACUCGUACUGCAAUGAUAUAGUGAACCGAGACAGUGCCAUGGAAUGGUAUCGCAAAGGCUUUGAGCUCCAACCAGCCCUAUAUUCUGGGACUAAUUUGGCCAUUCUCCUAAUUACGGCUGGUCAGCAGUUUGAAAGCUCAAUGGAACUGAGAAAAAUUGGCAUGCGACUGAACAGUCUGCUGGGUAGGAAAGGAAAUCUGGACCAAAUGAACAACUACUACGAUGUGGGCCACUUCUUCACAGUCAGCAUGUUAGCCAAGGACAUCAAUAAGGCAGUGCAAGCAGCCGAGAAACUCUUUAAACUCAAGCCCCCUUUUUGGUACAUGAAAUCAUUAGUUCAGAACCUGAUCUUGCUGCAGCAAUUCCAGAAAAUCAACAAUGAUCAUUCCCCAAAACAGGAAUGUCUCAACUUCUGGAUGGACAUCAUUGUGGAAGCAACAAAGACUAAUAUCCAUGGAUUACGUUUUCCGGUUUUGAUUCUUGAACCAACAAAUAUCUACCAGCCAUCCUACAUAUCCAUAAACAGUGAGGCAGAUGAGAAAACAGUAUCCAUUUGGCAUGUCUCAUCAGAGGAAAUGAAGGGGAUUCAUGAAUGGAAUUUUACAUCCUCAUCCAUUAAAGGUAUAAGCAUAUCCAAACAUGAUGAGCGUUGCUGCUUCUUGUAUGUCCAUGACAACUCUGAUGACUUUCAGAUCUACUUCUCCACAGAGGCUCAGUGCAGCAGGUUUAGUCGCUUGGUAAAAGAAAUUAAUGAUGAAGCAGCCAGUGCUGGGGAGCUGGAGAGCGACACUGAUGGAGAGACACUGGAGUAUGUAUAUGACUACGAAGAAUCUGAAGAAAGGGUGGUGUUGGGAAAAGGCAAAUAUGGAGUGGUGUAUGCAGGACGGGACCUCAGCAAUCAAGUAAGAAUAGCAAUUAAGGAAGUACCAGAGAAAGAUGGCAGAUACUCUCAGCCCCUUCAUGAAGAGAUUGCCCUGUACAAGUGCCUUAAGCAUCGGAAUAUUGUCCAGUAUCUUGGUUCAGUUUCUGAAGAUGGCUACAUCAAGAUUUUUAUGGAGCAAGUGCCAGGAGGAAGCCUUUCUGCUCUCCUCAGAUCAAAGUGGGGCCCAUUGAAAGAUAACAUCUCUACCAUUGUGUUUUACACCAGACAGAUCCUGGAGGGCCUACAAUUUCUCCAUGACAACCAGAUUGUGCACAGAGACAUUAAGGGAGACAAUGUUCUUGUAAACACUUACAGUGGAGUGGUGAAGAUCUCAGAUUUUGGAACAUCCAAACGAUUGACAGGAGUGAAUCCUUGCACUGAAACAUUUACUGGAGCACUACAAUACAUGGCUCCUGAGAUUAUAGACAAAGGCCCGCGAGGCUAUGGUGCCCCCACAGAUAUUUGGUCUUUAGGCUGCACCGUUAUUGAAAUGGCAACAGGGAAGCCGCCAUUCUAUGAAUUAGGGGAACCCCAAGCAGCCAUGUUUAAGAUUGCAAUGUUUAAAAUCCACCCUGAGAUCCCAGAAUCGAUGCCAGCAGAUGCAAAGUCCUUUAUGCUUCGUUGCUUUGAGCCUGAUCCCUUUAAACGAGCUACGGCAGCAGAACUACUUAAAGAUCCUUUCCUCAGAAAGACUAAUAGUGGCAAGAAAAAUAAAAUUGCCUUCAAACCAAGUGAUCGUAGUCUGAGCAUCUCGCUUCCUAUCACAUCCCACAGCGAAAACCUGGGCAGCAAUGAAAGUGAUCAUGGAUCAUUGUCACCAGACUCUGACGCAAAGCAUGAUAUUUUCUUUGAGAGAAAUAGGAAACCAAAUGCAGAAAAUCUGAACCGUGUUUUAGGGUCUCCUUUACUGAGUAUCCCUGAUGUACCUUCAUCUACGAAAGAUCGAAGCAGUCCAGUUUCUUCUGAUGAGAUAGACACAGGCCUUUUUCUGUUAAAGAAAGACAGCGAACGCAGAUCCAUUCUUCAUAAAAUCUUGAUUGUGGAUGAGAAUCAGGUUGUUUCCAAUCUGUUGGAGAGUCUGACACAGGGUCGUGAAGAAGUUAAGCUGUCAGUUGACCACAUUAAGCAGAUUAUUGGUAUUUUACGGGAUUUUGUUCGCUCCCCAGAGCGAAGAGUAAUGGCCAAUACCAUCUCCAAAAUCAAACUGGACUUGGAUUUUGAUGGUAUCUCUAUAAACCAGUUUCAGUUGGUUCUGUUUGGUUUCCAGGAUGCGGUUAAUAAGGUUUUGAGACAACAUCACAUCAAGCCUCACUGGAUGUUUGCAAUGGAUAACAUUAUCCGUCGUGCAGUACAGGCAGCAGUUACCAUUCUCAUUCCAGAGUUGCGCUCUCAUUUUGGCACUGCCUCUGAGGGAGAAGGGCUGGACAAAGAUACAGAUGAGGUGGAAGAUCCCAUGUACCAACAGGAAGAGGAAGGUAAAAACAAGGACCCUCCUGUUACUCCAAGAGCGAACACUUUUAGUUCAGUCACAUUGCAAGACUUCCAGCACCUACAAAAUCCUCUGAGUGUGCAGCUGGGAAAACUGAGACUGGAGACAAACAGGCUUUUGGAAGACUUGGUCCAGAAGGAAAAAGAGUAUCAGAAGCUUCUUCAACAAACAAUUGAACAGAUGCAGCAGGAUGUGUAUCUUCUCCAGUUAAAAUCCAAACCAACAGAUAUCUCAGUUGCUUCAGUGCAAAACCCUCCUGAACAUAACAGAGUGGAUCAAGAGCUCACAGAAUGGCUGCAAGAACAAGGAGCAGAUCUAGAUACAAUAAACAGGAUGUGUGCAGAAGGUUACUCGUUGCCUGAUGUUCUGACACACAUCACUAAAGAUGAUUUAAGAAGCCUCCAACUCCGAGGCGGACCUAUUUGCCGAAUCUGGAAUGGUAUUUUAAAGUUCAGGAAAGGAGACUAACCUUCCAGAGUGCUAUUUUUACGAUAGGAAUGACCAAAGCUGCUAUUAUACCAAGUAAUUAUGUCUGUAUUGAGUUGUGUAUUUGCAUAGAUUUAUCUGGAUGUGUGCUGCAAAAGUCCUUCAGUACAACACAUAUUCUAAUGCUAAUUUUGAGAAUGAACAUGGAUUGUAGUCAUAUACAGAUUGUCUGCAGGAUCUGGGAUUAGCAAGUGAUCUGAGGGAAGCUAAUCACCUCAAACUGACUUAUUCUGACAAAUACUAUUACCCGCCCUUCACCUAAAAGCAUUGAGACUACCAAGUACCAAAUCAACUAUAGUUCCCUCUUCCCAUUCUCUGGAGAAGUAAUGUCAUUUAAAUUGCUCAUUACCUGUUCUUAAUUAGAAAUGAAAUGUAUUUUCACCAAUAAAUCAAAAGUUGAUAUCCUGGAUGUAAUCAACAGCAAGGACCUCUCUUUAAAAUAUUCCCUUCAAUCAUUGCUCAAUGUGUUCAGUUUAGCCAUUGAUAUCAGCUAGGAUUUGCAAUACUAAAUUAUUGUAUGUAAUUUAAUCUCCACAACAUCUUUAACUGAAGUUAUAUGGGAAAUAUUUUGUCUUGCUUAAGCAAUUAGCCACAAUAGAGCUAUUUGAGACUGAAAAAGCUAGAGUUUCCUGAAUAGAUGAAUUCAGUAUUGAAAGGACUGCAUAUUAGUUGGUUUUGUAGACAGAAAAGUAAUUCCAUAUUAACAUUAGCCUGAGAAAUAGGUUUUGCUGCUGAAUUUUUCCACUUGUACAUAAUUGUGCACAACAUUUUAUAAAGAGUAUUUUCAGACAGUAUCAUCCUAGGAACUUAACUAGCAAUUCAGCCUGGAGUCUAAUAGGUGACCUUUGCUCAGCAAGAUCAUGUUUUGCCAUUCAAUUGGAUUCUGUCCUUGAAGAUUUUUGACAGAUUUCCACUGCUGUGAAAUGAAAUACAUUCCAAUUUCCUCCCUGAAUAAACUAGCUCUAAAUUUAAAGUUUGCCUCUCUUGUUCAGACCUUUCCUACCAGGAGAAAUAGUUUCUCCCUAUCACAGCACAGAAUUCUCAUAUUGAAAACUAUUUCACAAUAUUCAACUGCUUUGCUGUUGGACACUGAUGGCAAGGCAGCUCAGUGGGAAAACAAAUAUUCCUGAAAAAUUCUGACAUUUACUGAUUUAUUGCUGAUUAGGUAAAAUUGAACUGAGUUUAGAAAGCACCAAAAGAUACCAUUCUCCACAUUACUGAUGUUUCUUGCAUUUUGCCAAUUAGAACGUUAAAUCCAUUUAAUAUAAUUUUCCGAGAAACACAAACUUGCUGUCAGACUUUGAACUGUAUUAACCCUAGGUUAGUAUAGUGGAUUACAGAGCAAUUUCACUGUGUAACAUCUUUCAGCUCCAUUUCAACUGUGCCAUUGUACCAUGCAGAAUGGGCCAACGGUCUCACCGUGGCUGCAUAAUUUCCCUCUGCUAGCUCAAUCAAAACAAAUCUACUACUCCACGUUCUCUCCUUAACUCUGAAAUCACUGAUUGGAUCAUAAAGUCUUGUAAGGUUCUAAGACAACUAACCAACCUGCCACUUGCAGUUAAUCAAAAGAGAUUCUAAAAAUUAAGCACUUUUAGUAACGUAUUGGGAAUUCAGAAACAUGUCAGUGUGCCUCUACUGCAUUGUCUGUGUGUUAAUGUUCGUGACCUUUAUACCUAAAUUUCUGAUUCUUGGUGUAAUGAACCAGCAAAUGUAUUGAAGUUAGCAUGGAGAGGCCCUUUCAUUUCUGGACAACUUGAAUCUCCUCUGGCAGUUGUUAGAUUAAAAAGUGACUGACCUUCCUUUGCAGU